CACAGUUAAAGUAUUUGAAUCAACUCAAACGCAUCGCCAUGUCUCUUCCAUCAGCUGACGAGUUGGAGCAACUCGAGGAAAUUGAAAAGCAGUGGGCAGUCAAAGCUAUGCACCAUGCUGAGACUUAUUUCUCACUCCUCCAAGCAAUGGAUGGAUCCAAGCUCAAGCUUACAAAGAUUGACGACGAAAUUUACAACGAUUUCAUCUCAACAUUUGGUGCAGAUUUCAAGAUUGACGUGCUAGAUGAAAACAAAGACUUCAAGUCUCCAGAAAUGAAGGAGAAAUGGCGUAAUUUCAUCAACAAAUACGAGGGCGGUAAAGUCACCGAUUAUAACUUUGGAUCCUUGCUCCGGAUUGAUGCCAGCAAGGAAUACACAGAGGACAACAGCAUGUUUGUCACUCGCAUGCAGUUUUUGGCCAUUGAGAUUGCUCGUAACAAAGCUGGCCUCAACUCUGUCCACUGCAAGUCAAAAAAGUAGAUUUUACCAUAUUUAGAAGGCUCAAGAGUGACAAUAAUAGAAUAACAUGGGAGCUUUAUUUCUCUUGUUAUUACAUGGUAUAUAAAAAUGUGUAUUUGUUGUUUGAACAACCGCGCAUUUUGCAGUCGAGCAUUAUUUUGAAUUUCCUUGUAAUCCCUCUUCCUCCAUUUUUUUUUUCUCUAGUCCCACAUUUGCUUGCCGCGUUUCUUGCGCGACUGUUUCUCUUGUUGUUUAUCGACUCUGACUUCAUCCUUCUCUGCAUUCAUCAAUCCACGUUCCAUUGUCUUUUCCUUGCGUAUCUUAGCCUUUGUGCUUAGUGACUUUUUCUUGAUCGUUUUCUUUGGUUUGUC